CCGGGAAAGCCCCCAUCUUUAAGCGCGUUUGGCUGGCCCGCCGGCGCUCGGAAGUCCAGGCGCUUCUGUCGUUGUUCUUGAAGCUGUGGUGACCGUGGGAUCCGAAUCUUUGAGUUGUGAGAAACUUUACAGAUAGCCACGAUGGCUGAAAAUGGAGAUAAUGAAAAACUGGCUGCUCUGGAGGCCAAAAUCUGUCAUCAGAUUGAGUAUUAUUUUGGAGACUUCAAUUUGCCACGAGACAAGUUUUUAAAAGAACAGAUCAAAUUGGAUGAAGGUUGGGUACCUUUGGAAACAAUGAUAAAGUUCAACAGGUUAAACCGGCUGACAACAGACUUUAAUGUAAUUGUGCAAGCACUGAGCAAAUCUAAGGCAAAACUCAUGGAAGUGAGUGCAGACAAAACUAAAAUUAGAAGAUCACCAAGCAGACCACUCCCUGAAGUGACGGAUGAGUAUAAGAAUGAUGUAAAAAACAGAUCUGUUUAUAUUAAAGGUUUCCCAACUGAUGCCACCCUUGAUGAUAUAAAAGAAUGGCUCGAUGAUAAAGGCCAAAUACUGAAUAUUCAGAUGAGAAGAACAUUACACAAAACAUUUAAGGGGUCAAUAUUUGCUGUGUUUGAUAGUAUUCAGUCUGCAAAGAAGUUUGUGGAGAUCCCUGGCCAGAAGUACAAAGACACUAAUCUGCUAAUACUCUUUAAGGAAGAUUACUUUGCAAAAAAAAAUGAAGAAAGAAAGCAGAGCAAAGUGGAAGCUAAAUUAAAAGCUAAACAAGAGCAUGAAGGAAGACACAAGCCAGGAAGUACUGAAACAAGAGCUCUAGAAGGAAAGAUGGGAUGCUUACUGAAGUUUUCAGGUGACUUGGAUGACCAGACCUGUAGAGAAGAUUUACACUUCCUUUUCUCAAAUCAUGGUGAAAUAAAAUGGGUCGACUUUGCCAGAGGAGCAAAAGAGGGAAUAAUUCUUUUCAAAGAAAAGGCUAAGGAAGCACUUGAGAAAGCCAGAAAUGCAAAUAAUGGUAACCUACUGUUAAGGAACAAAAAGGUGACUUGGAAAGUACUAGAAGGACAUGCAGAAAAAGAAGCAUUGAAAAAAAUCACAGAUGAUCAGCAAGAAUCCCUCAACAAAUGGAAGUCAAAGGGAGGUCAUGCAGGUGGAAGAUUUAAAGGAAGUCAUGUUUUUACAGCAGCCCGCAGAUUUAAAGGAAAAGGGAAGGGUAAUAGGCCUGGUUAUGGGCCACCCAAAGGAAGAGGACAGUUUCAUGGAAGGAGGACAAGAUUUGAUGAUGAUGAUCGUCGUCGUGGACCAAUGAAAAGAGGGAGAGAUGGAAGAGACAGAGAAGAACCCGCAUCAAAGCAUAAGAAAAGAGAGAAUGGUGCUAGAGACAAGUAGUUUAUUUAGUAAGCAGUGUUGGUUUUUAUUCCUUAGUUAGAUUUUAAGCUGCUUUUUGUCCUCAGAAGCUUUUAAAAAGAAAAGCGAAUUAGGUCCACUUCGAUGUCCACCUGUAUAAAAGAAAAAAAUUUUUGUUUUACUUGUCUUCUUUUUGUUGUUAUCCAAAUGAAAGUUUUUUAAAAUGUAUAGUUCUGUUUGUGUUUGGAUGAUUAAAAUAUGAGAAGGAAGAUUCUUCCUCUUAAUUGCCUUUGUAAUAUGAGAAUGUAUUAGUACAGACUUGUAAAAUAUAUACUGUAUAAAAAUAGCCAAUAGUUCUUUCUUCCUUUUAUUUCUCUUAAACGUUUCACAAAGAACUUCAACUAAAAUAUUGACUCCUGUGAGAAUAAGCCCUUCCCACAGCUAAUUUGUCUGAUCUCUCAGGCUGGCUUUCUAGUUACCCAUUUACCUUGGUAAAAGUGGAAAUGAACAUUACAAAAGCUUUUGAAUACUGGAUGUAAAUAGACCACAAUUGGAAAACUUACAGAUUUCUUUUUAUGAAAGUUGUAUAAUGCUGGUAGAUCAUAUCGAAGCUCUGUAAAACAAGCCAAACAUUCACAUUUAAGAUAUUAAAUACUGGUAUGCAUAA